AGGAGGCUGAGCUCCAUGGUGAUGAGCUGUCCAGCAUUUCAGCAACCGGAGCCUCAUAGAGAGCUGGAGGAGGAGAAGGAGGGCACAUAGCUGGGCGGGGGAGAAGAGGCAGGGAAAAGGGGGACAAGGCACUGGGUGUGGAGGCAGGUGAAGAAGAGGAUAAAGAAGAAGAGGAAGAUCCCGGCAUCAGCCCCCCAAGCCCUGGAGAGAGGGUGGGGAAGCCCGCAGGAAGAGACUGCAGCCAGCAGGUCAGUGCAGGCAGCCAUGUCCUCCACUUUCAACAAUGGAGCCAGCAUUCCAUCUCCACCAGAUGCCGCCAAUGGCUUCCCCCAACCUGGUGCCUCAGGAGCCUGGCACAGACCAGAGGAGGAGCUUCGAGUUGUGGAGCCGAGCCUGGUGAAGAAAGCCCACCGGGAGAUCCUGGACCAUGAGAGAAAGCGACGUGUGGAACUCAAGUGUAUGGAAUUGCAGGAGAUGAUGGAGGAACAAGGGUAUUCUGAAGAGGAGAUCCGGCAGAAGGUGGGGACCUUCCGACAGAUGCUGAUGGAAAAGGAGGGAGUCUUGACCAGGGAAGAUCAACAUGGUCGCCACAUAGUGAUGGAAAGCCACUACUUGAUUGAGGGGGAUGCCCAGGGCCUGGAGUACUUGCCCUAUGAGGAAGAUUGCCCUCUCGAGUGUGAUUGUCCUGCUGACUGUUACCGAGCCGACGGUGGGCACCGGGAGUACAGGACCAAGCACUGGUCAAGCAGCUCAGCCUCACCCCCUCCCAAGAAGAAGAAGAAAAAGAAAUCUGGCCAUCGGAGGAGUCGUAAAAAGAGGAAGCUAGACUCUGAAUGCAGCAGCUGCGGGAGCUCCUCACCCCUUCGGAAGAAGAAGAAAAAUGGAAAGAAGCAUAGACGUGACAGGUCUGACUCCGGAUCCCGGAGGAAGAGAAGACACAGGUCCCGGAGCCCCAAAAGCAAAAGAAAAGAGAAAAACAAAGAGAGAAAGAGGCCUCAUAGUGAGUCUCCAUCAAGAAGGUCUCAUCGACACAGUAGCUGUAGUUCUCCUAGCGCCUCCAUAUCUUCCAACUACAGCAGCUCCAAAUCACCCAGCAGACUGAGCCCCAAGCCCAGAGACGAUGGCCCAAAGGUCAGUAGCCAGCGGUCCAGCAGGAGCAGAACAUCCUCUCCGUCGGGCCGCAGCCGAUCGGGGUCUCCACACCAGAAUGGCCAGCGGAGCAGGCGUCCCAGCCAGGCCCGAGGCAGCCCAUUGGACACACCACUGGAUAGGCCCAACUCGCCCGAGGCCCGAGCCCACACCAAAGCGGAGCCCGCCCUGACCACACCGCCUCGGGGGAAAGAGGGUCGAAGCCCCAGAUCGGCUUCGCCGCAGCCACCGGCCAGGGGUGGCCGAGGCGGCACAGGAGGAGGAGGUUCGACCGGAGGAGGAGCAGGAGCAGGAGCAGGAGCAGGAGCAGGAGCGGGAGCGGGAGGAGGAGCAGGAGCAGGAGGAGGAGGAGGAGGCGCCUGCGGGAGCGUACCGGGAGAAGCCAAACACCGGCGGCGCUCGCGCUCCACCACUUCGGCACCGCGUCGUAAAGGACGAAGGCGGCCCCGCGCCCCGGCCCCCAGGAGCUCCCCGCGAUCGCUCAGCCGCGCCGGCUCCAGCAGCGACUCGGAUGCGUCGGGCGCCUCCCAUCAGCCCGGCCCGGAACCCAGCCAGGAUCGGAGCCACUCCGCCCCCGGGAAAAAAGAGAAGGAAGGUGAUAACCGGAUGAGGCACCCAGAGGGGGAAGCUACUAGGCCCCGGAGACGGUCCCGGAGCUACUCACCCAUUCGAAAGAGGCGUCGGGACUCACCUAGCUUCAUGGAGCCCAGGCGGAUAACCAGUGCCCGGAAGCGCCCGAUCCCCUACUACCGGCCCAGCCCUUCCUCCUCCUCCUCCUCCUCCAGCUCCUGGAGCAGCCACUCCUAUAGCCGCAGCCGGAGUGGCAGCCACAGCCCGAACAGCUACAGCAGCCGCAGCGGGAGCCGAAGCCGAACUCGGAGCCCCUCCAGGACCCCCAGCCCCAGCCCCAGCCCCAGCUACAACAGCCGCAGCAGCUCGGAAAGCGGUGGCUUCUGAACCCCAGAGAGAUCCGUGCUCCCUUUCCCUUGGAUGCCUGCUCCUUCCUGCCCCCACCCCAACCCCUGGCCCAAGGGACCCAGCUUGGUCGGGCUCAGAGGACCAGGAGGCAGGACAGAGCCAGGGGGCAGGGGCAGGCGGAGCCAUUCUCUCCUGUGGGGUGCAGGAGACAUUCCCCUCCAUACCCACUCAUUCCCUCACCAUUCAUAUUUCUUCAUAUUCCACAGGGUGGACCCAAGUAUUUGGGCAGCCCAGGCCAAAGGCCCUGCUAGGCCAAACUCACCCAUUCCAUCUGUUGCUGUCACCCUCCAAACCAGCACCAGGGAGACCCCCUACCUCCAGUUUGGGGGCAAAGAGAAGACCAAGAGGUGGAUGGAGACUCUUGACCUCUGGAUUGGCCCCAGGGCAGGGAGUGUCCAAGGAGACCUAAGCCUGACUGGGGAAGAAAGAUUCUCUCCCAUCCUCUCACCCCUUUUCCUCUGACCCUGUUGUACAAGUCUGGGUUGGCAACAGGGGAACUCUGUCCUCACGGGAAUGGGGCUGGUGCACCCCAGAACCCCAGAGACCUCUGCCCAAUUUGGGCACAGGGCCUGAUGACAAAGAUCGGGAUCUUACUGCUUCCAGAAGGUGCCCUCUCCAUUCCUUGGGGUGGGGCACUGCCCCUCAGAGCACCAAGAGCCACUGAACACAGGACGUGCUCAAUCGCUGCCCCCCAACCCAACUUUGCCCUGAGCCCCCCACCCCACAGGAAAGGGGGCAUGGGAAUCACUUCCUGGGGAGCUGACACAAGGAGAUGAAACCCCUCCCUGCCCCCAGAAUGUAUCCCUAGCCCCCUUCCCCUUCCUGUUUGGUCGGUAGAAGACGUGAGGCCUGGUAACUUUCCAAGGCUCCCUUCAUGUCUGCCUCCCUCUCUCAGCCUUCCCUUUCUUUCCUUUGACCUUCUCUUGAGGGAAUUCAAUGCUUGAUGUACAGGAAGAGAGCAUCUGGCUUCAAUUCCCAUUAGAAACAACUGGGAGGAAAGGUCCAAUGAUACAGUGAAUGGGACCUAGAUUAAACAGGAGAGACUCCCUGACCAUUGAGCCAUGGGGCCAUUAAUGGAGUGAUCGAUCCCAAGGUGAUCUCUAGAGACUCCAAGGAAGGAAAGAGAUGAGGCUCUUGUCCUAAGGUGGCACAUCCCCAGAGGCAAAGGGAUGGAGUAGUGACCUCCCCAUCACUGAGAAAUAGAGAUGAAUAUGUGGGGUUGGGGAGAGGUACGUGUGAUCACAGCAGUCUGACUGUUGGACUCAGGAAGGAAAUCUCACCCAAAAUGUUCUUUCUCCCCUCCCCAGGACUAAUACCCCCCUGCCAUUAGGUAUUUCAUCUGGGUUGUGGCUCCAUCUUCUAAGCCUUCAGUGUGGCCCUCCCCUAAGGUAAACAACCCUUUCCCACAUACACACAUUGCUUUCAUCUGUCAGGCCCUGGGGUCUACAGCUCUGGGCCUGAGAAGUGACUCAAAUUCCAAUGAGACUUAUGGAGGCAGGCACUUGAAGGGGUCUAAUUAACCCUCAAAGUUGGGCUCAGAGGGAUUGUGAAUUCCAGGGCCAGUAUUACACUAAUGGUAGAAGAAGUGAGCAACACUCCCCUCCCCAAAGGACCUAGGCUGCUACGUAAUGUAUUUAUUAAUUUAUUUAUUUGUGUCUUAUUUAUUCUCCCCCCAGGUCAGUACCUAUCCCCACCACACACACCCUAUCCACCUUUCCAGGCCAGGUGUCCAGGGUCUCUAACCCUUGCUGCUCCUUCCUGGGGGAAGAGGAGAGGCUCUCUUCCUCACCACCCCUGCCCCAGGCACACAUCGAACUGGCCAAUUCUCAUGAAGGUAGGGCCCCAGGGAUCCCACCUCGCCUUGUUCCUUCUCAAUUCUCCCAGCACCCCCUCAUCCCUUCUGAUCCCCACCCAAACCCAGGAGCUGUGCAUCAGGGAUAUCACCAAGUCUUCCUCAGUCCAGUCAGUGUCCAUCUGGGGGGAGGCAGAGGAGGAGUAACCUGACCCACAGUAUGGAGAAUAAGCCCGUGCCUGCCCUGUUCCCUCAGGUAGGCCAGGAUGCUCCUCUGCCUCAAGCAGCUUUGAGGUGCCACCGAUGCAGCCUGGUUUCUCCCCUCAUUUUUCUUUUAUUUCUUUCUGAUCCUGAGUCGAGGUGUAGUUUCCUUGAGAUGGUUGGAAUACAAUAAAACACAAAGUAUACACUGUCCCAGUCA